AUGCACCAGGCCUUAGUGGUCAUUGGCCACGCCGUCCGGUCGCCCUCGUUAGUGUCUGUGGGUGGUGAUGGCAGGUGGCUGGCGUAUGGCUGCGCCAGCGACAUGGUAGUUGUGUGUAGUAUACCAGACGACAGUGGGGAACAGCACUCUUCAUGUGAUGAGGACUUUGCUGGUGCGAUGAGGAUUGUAUCACUGCAGGCUGGGGAGAACCUGUCCGUGGUUGCGUUGCACCAAACCAAAGAGACGUUUUGUAUUGGGACUGCACACCAUGGUUUGUACUUAACCACGGCGUCGAACCCCGUUCUUAGUAGCACAACCACGCGCCUGCCAAUGCAUCUCACAGGUGAAAGUGUAUUUGCGUCUUGCUUUAUUGAUGAUCACGAAACGGGUCUUGACGUGCUUGUGGUUUCUUGCGGCUCCCAAGAGUUGGCGAAAACGCGCUUUAAGCUAUCGCUGUGGGACGUGCACACACGAUUGUUGCUGUGGCGGGGGUGUGCGGACGCCCUGGAUGCCAUUGUACCGCUACCAGGCACCUUUGGAUUUGCCUCCUGCGCCCAGCGGGAAGUCACGUUGUGGGAGGUACAGCUACCCAGCAACGGUGCAGCGAAUGCGACUGGGCACCGCGGCAUAAGUGGAAGCAGGAAAAACGUUAGCGGUGAGGGAGGCGGAGACAUAGGUUUUACAGUUUUGAGCAAGACAUGCAGCGCCGUGAACGAGUUACGAGAUGCGGAGUUUGUCGCAAUUGUUCCUCUCAGAGGAGCUGAGACUUUGUUGACGGUGCUAACAAGCGUGGGAUUUUUGGUAUCGUUUGACUGCCGCAGUGGGGCGCCUGUAAAGUGGAUGGACUGCAAAGUGUGUCCCGCCACCGCUGCGUACCGCAUGGCAGACGACAUCAUAGUUUGUGGGCCGAUGAUUCGGUUUUUUUCCUUUGACAAGUGGGAGUUUCACGGCAAGAUCAAGCAAAAUGCUCCCCCCGCCGUUGUAGGCUCAUCGCUUCUGACACGGCUUGUAGAUGCACUCUGCACCGGGGCUGCCGUGUGUGGGAAGGAUCGAGCCGUUUUUUUUUUAGCGGAGGGGACAUGUCGCGAUACCGCGUCGUCAGGCCCAUGA